AUGAACAACCACACCAUGAGCGGGCGCACAAUGGUCGCCAUCAUCCCGUCCAUGAGUGGACGCACCAUGGUGCCAACAAUCCCAUCCAUAAUGUUCAUCUUCGGGGUGGUGGGGAACGUGAUUGCCAUCGUGGUGCUGUGUAAGACUCGUAGAGAGCAGAAGGAGACCACUUUCUACACGCUGGUGUGUGGUCUGGCGGUGACCGACCUGCUGGGCACGCUGCUGGCCAGUCCCGUCACAAUCGCCACUUACGUGAAGGGUGCGUGGCCCGGGGGUGAGCCCCUGUGCCAGUACUUUGGCUUCACUAUGCUGUUCUUCUCUCUGGCGGGGCUCAGCAUCAUCUGCGCUAUGUCCGUGGAGCGCUACAUUGCCAUAAAUCACGCAUACUUCUAUAACGACAUCGUGGAUCAGCGGCUGGCGGCUCUCACACUGUUGGGUAUCUACGUGUCCAACGCGCUCUUUUGCGCGCUGCCCAGUAUGGGCUUUGGACAGGUCAGAAAGCAGUAUCCUCAGACCUGGUGCUUCUUGGAAUGGAGGAGCAAUCGCACCAGCGACGCGGCGUACUCCUUCACAUACGCGGGACUAAGCUCUGUCCUCAUUAUGGCCACUGUCAUCUGCAACGUGCUGGUGUGCGUGGCUCUGAUCCGCAUGCACAGGCGCUACGUGCGCAGGACUUCUCUGGGCACAGAUCUUCAGCGCGAUGUGGAUCCGCGCAGAAGAGCGCGCAACUUUGGACGUUUGGCUGGAGCAGAGAUCCAAAUGGUCAUCUUGCUCAUAGGCACAUCGGUAGUCAUACUGGUCUGCUCCAUUCCACUGGUGGCCCAGGUGUUUCUAAACCAGUUGUACAAGACCCCAGUGGAGCUGCGUUUAGAGAAGAAUCCGGACCUGAGAGCUAUCCGCUUUGCCUCAUUUAACCCCAUCUUGGACCCCUGGAUCUAUAUCCUGCUGCGGAAGGCUGUGCUACUGAAGCUCAUAGAGAAGAUCAAGUGUCUCUUCUGUAAGAUGGGUGCACGGGGCAGGCAGCAGGGACCCAGCAACUUCCGCUGUAUAAACUUACAGCAUCAAUCUUCAGUCAUCUCCAGACAGGACUCUCACUCUGUGGUAUCCCAGGACAUCAGAGGCACCACACUCCCCCCACAGACUGCUUUACCGCUGCUUGAUGGACGGGAACUGCUGCCUGUCAGCUUCAACACAUCACUGAAAGACUCACAAGCUCUGUUUACUUCAGAGCAGAGCCAUGCAGAGGCGAGACUUCCACCUCUACCAUGCUCUAAAGACACCGCACUGCAGGUGUCUCUAAGAACCCAGAGUGUGGAGGAGAAGUGCAUUUGA